AUGCAGCAAGGAAUCCCUGCAAGCUCGAUCUCAGAUUCUUCAAGUGCAAGUACUGAGUCCGGAGAUAACUCAAAGCGUACUAUUUUGCUUUUGUCUCUUGACAAAGAGAAUAGGUUUGAGGAGUUGCAUUCCCAGUUAUACGUAGAUCUGCGCAAGAAUGCCAUCGUCAAGGAGGCUGUUAACCCCAAAGCCGCAAAAAAGCACCUUUCUACUUCCCCAUCGCCUUUUGCCGUCAUUGUUACGCAUUCGAGCAUUGCAAAGCAUGAUCCCCUAACCAAACGAACGAUUGGGUACGCUCAUUCUGGAGGUCGUGCCAUUUUUGGUUUUCAAUUUGGUAAUAAAUUGGAGCUUGGCAACAUCCUUCCUUUCUUUCAGAAAUGGGGAUACGAUUGGGCUGCCGGAGAUUAUCAUCGAAUAACGUUCACACUCAAUUCAGCCGGAAUUCCUAGUCCACUUCGCUCGACAGAAUUUUUCGAUGCCUACAGCAUGAAGGCGGUCCAUCUGAAGAACGUCAUGCGAAAGCAUGCAGUGUACGUGCCCAUGCGCACAUCAUACCUAGAGUCACUCGUAUUUGACCCUGACCUCUUGUUGGAUUCAAUGCUUGAGGAAUUCCCUGCAGUGUGGGCACCAAUGGGUUCUGAAAUGUGCGGUGUGUCGAUCAGCCCUGGCGACCUAGGUCCUCGUACGGGCCACUCGUCAUUAACUGUUGAUCAUCGAGGUAUAAUGCCAGCCAAAGAGUUUCAGAGCGAGCGACCUCUUCCCUUCAAGAAAGAAAGAGCUCGACGCCCGAGAGAGGAUGAGGUUGCUUCUCGGGCUGUGAUAAGAGCAUCGUCCUCCCGACCCAGACGCAUGGAGGCCGAGAAGCUCAAGGAGAAGGGUCGAUUUGAUAAGGCAGCCAACAUGUAUCUCGGUGCAGCAAUGGUCUACGGACCUCGACCUGUAUACCUGACGAAUCUGACAGCAGCACUGCUGAAAAUAAAGCCCUAUCCUGAAGCAGUGAGCGCAGCGAGUCGUGCUUUGUACUACGAGCCGAUGAAUCUCAAGGCGCGUUAUCGGAGAGCAAUGGCUAACGAGCUGGACUUUGAUCUCGGCGAUUUAAAUCUCCGCCACGUUCUUCGACAAGAUCCAUCAUCCGAACCUACACGCAUUGCCCUCGGAGAAGCAUUAAGUAUACUUUCACGUGCCGGGGAUGAUGACGACUCGGAAGACGCUGCGUCAAACAUAUCGACGGAAUCGGGCUCGAGUGAAUUUUUGCACGGGGGUAAUGGGAUACCUUGUCGGUACCUCAAUCACGAGGGAUGUAGGCGCGGCUCGCAUUGCAGGUUCAAACAUGCACCCGACGCUAAGAAUAUACGUGAUAAGCUUGGGCGAAAUGUCUGUUUCUUGUGGCUCAUAGGCCACUGUCGGUUCCGAGAUUGUUGCUACUACGCCCACGACGAGACGUAUCUUCCUGAUGAUGUGUUUUGGAACUCGGAUGCACCCAGAAAGACCGAUGCGCGUGUGUCGAUGUUUAAGGAGGAUCCAGGUCCAAGGAUGCAACAAGAUUGCUUUGAGGCUUAUGCUGUGAUACAUAACUGGCGAUUCGACAGAUGGAUACAGGUUGAUUAUUAUGACCAAGACUCAAGCAACGAUGAAUCCGGGCCCGCAGUUUAUACUGAUACGAUCCAGAGAAACAGGGAAUUCCAGACCGCGAAUAAGAUGGUGGGCCCUAGAUUCGGACAUCACAUGGACAAGUUUAAGGACGACGAUGAAAAGAUGGAUAACUAUAAUGAUUUUAUGGAGAGCGGAAUAGACGAGCAAGCAGAAAAUUUCGGAUUCGCACGCGAUGAAGCCCGUGAGCUUUUAUGUCAAGGCAUAAAACCUUGGGAUGAUGAUGCUUGGGAUGUUUUACAUGCACUCCAGGAUAUGUGA